GGGGUGUGAUUUGCGAUGUCUGUUUGCGUGUAGGACGAGAUCAGAGUUAGCCAUGUCGUGUAGGGGUUAGCUACAGUUUUUCAGGCGCAAAAUGAGACGCUACCUUCGCGUGUUGCUCGUAUGUAUGUUUUUUGCGCUCAUCUCGGUGCUGUAUGUGUUCAGCCAGCUCGCCUCGUCUCUGGAAACGCCAGCCGGAGCGUCCGGGAGCGACCCGCAGCAAAGAGCCGCAUUUCACCGCGGGGGCAGCGCUCAUGGAGGCAGGAAAGCGCCGGGAAAGCCAGGCCCGGAGGAUCAGCACUGGUACAACAGGUACAUCAUGCGGAAGCCGGACUCUGCGGAGAGCGGGAGGGCCAGAGACGAGCUCAUGCACCUGGCCGUGGUGGCGUGUGGUCAGAGGCUGCAGGAGACCCUCACCAUGCUGAAAUCGGCCGUGCUUUUCAGCGGCAGGCAGCUCCAUGUGCACAUCUUCGCAGAGGACCAGCUGCACGCCAGCUUUAAGGAGGCUCUGGAGAUGUGGCCGGCUCCUUUCCGCUCCAAGCUGAACUACACAGUGUACCCCAUCACCUUCCCUGCUGAGAACGCCAAGGAGUGGAAGAAGCUGUUCAAACCCUGCGCCUCUCAGAGGCUCUUCCUGCCUAUCAUCCUGAGGGAGGUGGACUCCUUGCUGUAUGUGGACACGGACAUCCUGUUCCUGCGGCCCGUGGAGGACAUGUGGGCCUUCCUGUCCCGCUUCAACUCCAGCCAGAUGGCAGCCAUGGCGCCGGAGCACGAGGACCCGCGCAUCGCCUGGUACAGCCGCUUCGCCCGCCACCCCUACUACGGCAAGACCGGCAUCAACUCUGGCGUCAUGCUCAUGAACAUGACCAGGAUCCGACAGAAACUCUUCAAGAAUGAUAUGACGCCUGUGGCGUUGAAGUGGGAGGACCUGCUGAUGCCGCUGCUGCAGAAAUACAAGCUGAACAUCACCUGGGGGGACCAGGACCUUCUCAACAUCAUCUUCCACCACAACCCAGAGAGCCUGUUUGUGUUCCCCUGCCAGUGGAACUACCGCCCUGACCACUGCAUCUACGGCAGCAACUGCGUCCCAGCUGAAGCGGAGGGGGUCUUCAUUCUCCACGGCAACCGAGGAGUGUACCACGACGAGAAGCAGCCGGCCUUCAGGGCCGUGUAUGAAGCCAUUCAGAAGUUCAAAUUCGGAGACGACCCGGUGCGCUCCCUGCUGGGUCCUCUGGAGGAGCGGCUCCUGGGCACCACUCACACGUACUGCGGGAGAGUGCGACACCUGUUCACCAAGAAGCUGGCACAGAGUGUGAGUACCAUGCACAGGGACACACCCAAAGGAAGGUGACCUCCGUUUGGGUCAGCACCGUCCACCCGGACCCCUGCUCCAUGCCUCGAACUCUGCCCCACCAACAUGUCCACAGGAGGGGUCAAUCGCGACACCACAAUGAGAAGAAGGAGUGCUGUCCCACUACGAACACGGCGGGGGGCUGCAGUACCCCCCUCCUCUAUGGGCUUUCCGUUUCGGAAGUGUGAGAGGACGAGGAGCGGCGACAAGCACUGAAAUCACUUUGCUGGAGAGAGUCCCGAGGCUCUGAGCAACGUCAGGUGCACCGAGCCCACGACAAUCGUGCGUUCCACCUUUUUACCUGUGACUGGAAUGUAUGACAAUCACUUCUUAUAAAUAAAGAAAAACUUCAGGGAAGUCAGAUCGGUAUAGGUUACAACUGGAAAUGUAGUAAUUUCUCACUGUGGCUAAUGACCUAGGGUUGUAGCAAAGCUCUGCUCCCUCAAAUUGUUGGUGCAUAUGCAAUCAGCAGGUUUAGCAGAACUACUGAGAGUCGGCCCACUGAGGACUGGUAAACUAUAACCUGGAAAUGGUCCUUCAUCAAACAGAAGGGCUGAAAUGAUUCUGCUGAUCAGGAAAACAAUCCUUGCCUUUAUCAGAACUGUUCAAUCAAGGUGCAAACACAAAUUAACAAAUAUUUUUAUAGGAGGCACAACCCUACACUUGAAUCAUUGAAUUAUUCAUAGGGUCGUGACUUUGUCAUGAAAAUGAUUAUUUUAAGGAAUCACCUUUGUAUAAUCUGAAAACAAUGUGCACUGAGACUAGUACCAGUUAUCAAGAAUUUGCACAAAGUUUUGUUUUCCAGUCUCGGCUAGUGAAAAUGUGCCUCAACAACUUUUCCAUUGCCAUAAGACUAGUUCAGCUGUUUCUUUCUGAAGGUUUUUUUAUGAACCAGAAAACAGGAGC